AUGCGUCCGAGGUUGUACCACUACUAUGGGGCUGGCCAGUUGCCCUCCCACCAACAGGUUGGAAUGGCAGCACCCGAGGGGCCUCCGUUGCCACAUGGGCCUCCGUGUCCGGGCCACUGUCAGGAGUAUUCAAGACACAUGCCACCAACCCCAUCGCGGGAGCACCGACCUCCUCUCAGGCGUACAAUAUUUAUCACAAAUUUACCACUGACUAUUGACAACGGGUUGCGUCUACUGCCAUAUGUACCGGGGGAGGGGCUUAUUGAGCUGCGUGUGAAACGUAGUGGGGGUCGGGAUGUCGGUUUCGCUGAAUACGAGACUGGUGACUUUGCUUUGCGUGCGUUGAGGUGGUUUCAAAAGGUGGCUGUAACAGCCCAAAUUGCGUAUGACUGCUCAAAGGUUAGCUCAUCCACGUGGGCGCCAACACAGUCUCGAUUCCGCUACCCCGUUCCAUAUGAGGAGUAUAAUUGUUGUGAGGCCGAUCCCGUUCGAUCCACUGAGUUAUUGCUUAACAGCGUGAUUCUUAUUGCGGAAUGGUCCCUGAGCAGCCCCGCGUGCCGGCCAAAGUACCUUUCCCCGCCGCCGUCAGUUCACCCUCCGAAUUAUUUGGUGGCGCCCCACAGCACGAGCGGCAACACUGAUCCCGCUGCUGCCCUUCACCUCGUACCAACAGGGACUGUAGGGUGGCAACCACAGUUAGGACCUCCACCACCGGGUUCACGUGGUGCCGGUCCUCCCACCGGCAAAUCGAACCAUUCCACAGUACCGCGAGCACCCGUUUACACGCAUCACCAUCUCUCACAGUGUUAUGGUGUCCCCAGCACUCAUUGUGGCGGUGCUGGUGGAAACCUCGAGUGCUUGUUUAGUGCCGCGGAAGCUGCACGAGGUGGGGUUUCACAAAUUCCUUCACAUCGCGUGCAUGAGGUUCCCCUUCCGAGCCGAGGUGACUGGGAGAGGGGCACCCCACCAUAUGACGUCCGCGCGACUCUUCAGGAUGAGAAACUCAUGCCAGGCAGCUCUUCUGGGCUUGUUGCUACACCGACCUUGAUUAAAGAUGAGUUGCUGCCCAGCAGCACACUGUUCGUCAGGGUUACGGGUGCCCGGGGUGGGUCCUCAUCUGGGAACGACUCGCAGCCUUGUGGCACAUCUUCUGGACCACCGCAUUGUUUGUCCCCCACCACCUCGUUGGGCCCACCCUCACCCUCACUGACUGGGAGAGGAGGGAGGUUGUCUGCAUACGCACGGCAGUGUGAUGAGAGGAGGGAGCCGCAUCCUCUGGAGCUUCUGUAUGAAUGGUGGUCGCAGUUCCACCAUCGUCACCGCGCGUCACCUCAACCGGCGUACCCACCUGAACCCAGUUCACCUGAGUCACCAAACAACCAAGUCGGCUCCACAGCCACAUCACCGGAUGAAGAAGUCGCAACGGCCUCAACGACUGCGACCACUGUUUCCACGAGUGCUUCUCGUGUACCGGAUGGUGACAACGCCGAAACUCUGAUGUCAAUGAUAUUGAGCCAAGACUUUUAUUCGGAGCGGUUCGCCGGCUUCCGUUCGUACGUGGGAUUUUCGCGGUGGAGCGCUUUUGUACGCUUCGAUCGGCCCGUGGACGCCCUUCAGUGCCUGCGGUGGCUGCGCCAGCAACCGGUGCUACGAAAAUUCGUCAGUGUACAGUUUGCCCGUGAGGAUACUCGGCAAGCGCGCCCUCCUCAAGGGAAAAAAGAAGUAAGGUGCUGUUGA